AUGUCUUUCAUCAGGUCCACAGCGCUUCGCGCAUCCUCAUUCGCACGAGCUACUCGCCCGACGAGGUACAUCCGCACUGCCGAGCUCCAACCAUGGCAGCGAGCCGUCCAGCGCAGAGCGUAUGCCAGCGCCCACGGUGCCCACGGCGAAGCUAAGAGUAGCGACGUCCCAUGGGCUGCCGGAGCUGCUGCCGGAACCGCCGUCGGCCUCUACUUGGUCAUCACCCAGGACUUCGGCCAUGGAGAAUCGCACGAUGAUCACCACGCCAAGGAACACGACGAGGAGGAAGCGCCUGCAGAAGACUCGAACGAAGAAGAACCCAAGGAGGAGUCCAAGGACGAGGCUAAGACCGAAUCUAAAGAUGAGAAGAAGGACGAGCCCAAGGACAACAAGAAAGAUGAGUCCAAGGAUGAGAAGAAGUCCCAGCCCAAGAAGGACGAUGGUAAAGAGGGAAAGGCUGCUGAGCAGAAGAAGGACGAGUCUAAAGCGGCUUCUCCAGACAAGUCUGACAAGCCCGACCCCACCAAGGAGUCCAAGAGCCAGAACGAGAUGUCGGGCAAGCAAGAGGGCCUGUCAAACGCCGACACACACCACAGCACGGAUGUCUCCAACCAAGAUGACAAGAGCAAGAAGGGCGAAGGUGUUGCCGAAACCGCAAAACUCAAAGGCACCGUGUCAACCGAUCGUCCUGCCGCCGAGAACAAGGAGGAGCGAGGCAAGGCUCAGUCAAGCAAGGACGCGUAA